AUGCGUUCUCAGAUCAUGCCUGCUUGUAGUUCUUAUGAAAGGAAUGCUAAUGCCCACAACACUAACGCAACUCCUCCAGUCCCAGAUCAGGAAGUUUCGAAUGGUGAGUUUCAAAAUGUCAUUCAACUUUUGACUCAGAGUGUGACCAACCAGAACAAUCAACAUGCCCCAGUUCCUACUAACACUAAUGUUGGGUCAGCUGCAACUAGAGUUCGAGAUUUAUUAAGGAUGAAUCCACCUGGGUUUCUAGGGUUGCACGUUGGUGAGGAUCCACAGAACUUCAUUGAUGAGCAUGUCAGUCCAAAGUACGGACUCAAGUUCCCCCAACUCUCUAGGUAUGCUCCUCACAUGGUUGCUGAUCUAAGGGCACAAAUGAACAAGGUUCUGUAUGGGGUAUCCGACUUAGUGAAAAUUGAGUUCCGAAAUGCUAUGUUGCUGGAAGAUAUGCAUAUCUAUAGGCUCAUGACUCAUUCUCAGCAGGUUGAAGGAGAUAAGCUUAGGGAACAUGCUAGGAAGAACAAAAAGACUAGGACAGGAAACUAUGAGUAUUCUCAUUAG